AUGCGGCGAUUCGUUGCACAAUACGCCACCAGCCGGUCUCACCACACAACCUCGACCGCCUUGGCCAACCUCAGGCAGAACGAUGAUGAAUCUCUGCGAGCUUUCAUGGAGCCCUUCUCCAACAUCUCGGUUCGGAUCCGAAAUCUACACCCGGAGGUCGCCCUGCACGCCAUGCUCAUGGCACUGAAGCCCGGAUCGUUCGUUGACAGCCUAUGCCGCGACGCCCCCCGCGACAUGGAUGAGCUACGUGCCCGUGCCGCCGGCUACAUUCAGAUGGAAGAGAACUCGGCCUUCCGUGACCAAGUUCGCGGGAACGACCCCGCAAAACCGGAACAGGGCCACAAAGAUAAGGUAAAAGUCAAUAAUGACAGCCAAUUCAAGAGGUCGGCCAGAGCCAACAGAAGCGGGAGGUAUGACUUCUACACCCCCCUAACCCCCCCGAGAUCCCACAUCCUGAAAAAAGCCAGUAACAAUAACCCACUAGCCCUUCCACCACCCGACCACACCCCCAACAGCGCCGAUCAGUCCAAACACUGGCGGUACCACAAGAACUACGGCCACACCACUGACGAGUGUCGCACGCUCUGGGACCGCAUCGAAGAGCUCAUCCAGAACUACGGCCACACCACUGACGAGUGUCGCACGCUCUGGGACCGCAUCGAAGAGCUCAUCCAGGCAGGCCACCUCGGCCAUUACAUCCAGCGACAGCCAGGUUCCCGAGGUGGCUCUGGAGGCCGGGGACGCGGGAGAGGCCGCGGGUCAGGAGCUCGCACAGAUUUACCCACAGGGUCCCAGCAAAAUGCUAACGGCGCGAUACAUGCCGAAAUAAGUCAGGAAACAGCGUCGGCUCCCUUACGGGGAGUAAUCAACACGAUUGCAGGUGGUUUUGCUGGAGGAGGCACCAACAACUCGGCCCGGAAAAGACACUUGCGGAACAUCAACUGCGUCCACUCUACCACCUCGACCCCGCAACCUAAGUUCGCCGCCGAUCUCCUUCUCCGAUGA